AUGACGUUUCAGAAACUGCAGCUCUCCAUGGCUGCCCACCUGGGACGCUGCCACGCCGGACACAAUGUGCUGUUGUCUCUGGUGAAAAACACGACGUUGCUGUUAGCAGAGAGCAAAGACACCGGGGAGCAGCACGGCUGCAGGGACCCAGCCCGAUGUUUCACAAUCCCCAAUAAAGCAGCGUGGAGCGCUGCACUCUCUCCCAACAAAGCGCCUUAUUCCGCGCUCGCGGCGUUUCCAGCAUCGCCCCCUUUAUUCGGCGGGGACCCCGCGCUGCUCGCAGCAAGUGUCACAGGGGGGCACAGGCACCCGCGGCCCGUCCCGUCCGCGCGUGGGGCCGUGCGGAGCCGCGCUCACAAGAGCGGGCUGCGGCGGAGGAAAGUGUGCGAAACUGCAACUGAGUGGCGUUGUUGCGCCGGCAGCGGAGCCUGCGUUCCCUGCACGCAGAGCGGCGGCGGAGCCGGCGAAGCAGCUGGAAAAUGCCCAGAAAUACUUUCCCAGCGAAUAACUGUCCAGCAUCCUCUACCCAACCAAUCAGAAUGUAGGAAAAUCUACAGAUAUGACGGAAUCUACUGUGAAUCUACCUACCAGAAUUUACAAGCUUUGAGGAAGGAAAAGUCCCGAGAUGCUGCUCGCUCUCGACGGGGAAAAGAGAAUUUUGAAUUCUAUGAGUUGGCAAAGUUGUUGCCGCUGCCUGCAGCCAUCACCAGCCAGCUUGACAAGGCAUCCAUUAUCCGACUUACAAUUAGUUAUCUGAAAAUGAGGGACUUUGCUAAUCAAGGAGAUCCUCCGUGGAACUUGAGAAUGGAAGGACCUCCACCUAAUACAUCAGUAAAAG